UGCGAGAGCUUCAGUCGCUCUUGACUCUUCGACCAUCGAGAUAUCUCAAAGCGAGGCAGACAAAACAAAAAGGAAUACUGUGCGGUGAUAGCCGAAUAAUUAUAUAGUUGCAAAAGUGAAAAUUGUAAUGAAGUUAUUUAGGUGUUUGGUGCCGGUGGUGCUCCUGCUGUCGAUUAAGGACACCUCCGCGAGACCCGGUGUGUUAGGCGAUUUUAUCAAUGGACAGGUCGGCAGUUUGCUGGGAGUCUUGAAGCCCAAAGGUACUGGUGCUGAGGCUAGCAGCAAUGCUCAGUCAUUGGGAGGAAAUUUGAAUUUUGGACCUAUCGGAUUCAGCGGUGGAAUCUCCUCGGCUUCGGCGUCAGCGAACAGCGGCGCCGGCGGCGGUCAAGCUUCAGCCAAAGCGGAUGCUCAAGCUAAUGGAGGGUACGGAGGAUACGGUGGUGCGAACGCGAACGCCAACGCGCAAGCAUCCGCCAACUCCAAUGCACAAGGUUCUUUGGGAAUUCUCGGGGGGUAUAACGGCGGAAACAAUGGUUAUUACCCUAGCAUUUCUCAUCAACCAAAUUAUGGAAAUUACGGUGGCUCUCAGUCCAGUGCUAACGCUAACGCGAAUGCAAACGCGAAUACCAACUCCAUCGCCAAUGGCAACGGCGGAGUGCAUCCGGUUCGUCCCUCUUAUUACCCUUCUGGAUCGCAGAUCGGUGGCAACGCUAACGCUAACGCCAACGCAAACGCGAACGCGGGUGCAAACGUUUUAAAUAACGGCGGUCUGAAUGUGGGACCCAACAAGUAUCCUGGCGGAACAGGAGGAAUAGAUAGAAUAGAAGUUAUUCCUAUAAACACGUUGCCGCUCUCUCGACCAAGCUCGCCUGUGGUCCAUCCACACCCUCAGCGGCCUGGAAUUGGUAAAGAAGACGUGAUUGUCGUUGUUGAAACUCCGCAAUAUCCGCCGUAUCAUCGCGUGAAUCCUCCUUCUCGGCACCAUCAUCAUCAACCACAUUAUGGUGGUAAACCGAAGCAACAGCCAGUCGAGAUCAUCAUCAUCGAAGAGACUGGAAAGCCAGCCAAUGGCUAUGGAAAUGGCGGUAUUCAUGGAACGCAAGGAUUUGAAGGCAAUCCGUUUUUACACGGCGCGGGAUCAAACGCUAACGCUAAUGCCAAUGCUAAUGCUAAUGCUCAGGCAGGUGCAGGCGGAAAUAGCGGAGGUAUCCUGGGAGGACAAGGUGGAUAUCAACAAGGUGGAUAUCAUCAAGGUGGCGGUUACCCAACGGGAUCAAUACAAAAACCUUCGAUCGAUGGCAUCAACAAUCCUUUUUUACAUCCAGGAUCUGGUAAUGCUGGUGCCAAUGUCAAUACUAAUGCCAAUGCCAAUGCAAAUGCUGGAGCCGGUGGAAUUGGAGAAGAAUUAGGCAUAAAUAAUCCAUUCCUUUCUACUGGUGGUAUAUCUCAUAAUACUGGAGAAGUAAACUAUCAACCAGGAAGUCAUUCUAAACCUUUUCCUACCACUUAUCCGGGUCAAUCUGGAGUAGGAUUCCCGCACGGAUCGGCAGGAACAAAUGCUGGCGCCAACGCCAAUGCUAAUACCGGUGUUGGAGCUGGCGGUGUUGGAGGUUAUCCCAAACCUCUUCCUACCACUUAUCCGGGUCAAUCUGGAGUAGGAUUUCCGCACGGAUCGGCAGGAACGAAUACUGGCGCCAACGCCAAUGCUAAUACUGGUGUUGGAGCUGGCGGUGUUGGAGGUUAUCCCAAACCUCUUCCUACCACUUAUCCGGGUCAAUCUGGAGUAGGAUUUCCGCACGGAUCGGCAGGAACGAAUACUGGCGCCAACGCCAAUGCUAAUACUGGUGUUGGAGCUGGCGGUGUUGGAGGUUAUCCCAAACCUUUUCCUACCACUUAUCCGGGUCAAUCUGGAGUAGGAUUUCCGCACGGAUCGGCAGGAAUAAAUGCUGGCACCAACGCUAAUGGCAAUAUUGGUGUUGGAGCUGGAGGUGUUGGAGGUCAUUCCAAACCUUUUCCUACCACCUAUCCAGGUCAAUCUGGAGUAGGAUUCCCGCACGGAUCGGCAGGAACGAAUGCUGGCGCUAACGCCAAUGCCAAUGCCGGUGCUGGCAGUGUUGGAGAUUACGGACCAGUCAAGCAAAGUCCGAUAAUUGGCUCCGGCGGACACAUCGAUGGAUCUUCAGGAGGUGGUUAUGGAAAUCAUGGAUCCGGUCAGAAUCUCGGUGGAAGCAUAGGACAAGUAGGUCCGUCUGGUGCUAAUGUUAACGCUGGUGGUAUCUUAGGAGGAUCCGACGAACAUGGACUCAUUCUUGGAGGAUCUGGAGGUCACGGAGGCUCCGACGGACAUGGACUCAUUCUUGGAGGAUCUGGAAGUCACGGAGGAAAUGGCGGGGGUUCUUUCGAUCAGAGCGGUGUAUUUGGAAAUGAUGGUGCAAAUAUUAACGGCGGACACAUUGGAGGUUCUUCCGGUGCCCAUGCUAAUGCAGAUGCCAAUGCUAACGCCAAUGCCGGAGCUGGCGGGCAUGGAACUGUCCUUGGGGGAUUCGGCGGAGGCUCCUUAGGUGGUCAAGGCGGCAGUGGAUGCAGCCAAUGUGGAUCUUCUGGGCUAAAUCUCGGUGGAUAUAACGGAGGUUCUUCCGGCGCUAAUGCUAAUCAUAAUGCUAAUAUUCAUGGAGGACACGGUAGUCAAGGCGAUAACGUCGGAUUAAUCGGAGGAGGCUCAAACGCAAACGCACAAGCGUCCUCCAACGCGAUUGCAUCCGGCGGUGGAUCGGCAUCAGCAAGCAGUAAAUCAUCGGCCGUCACUAAUGGAUCGGGAUCCGCGAAAGCCGACGCGUCCAGCAGCGCAUCCUCGGGCACGGAAAUAGGAUCGAAAAGUUCGGCGUCGAGUCAUGCGUCGGCUUCAUCCGAUACCAGGGACAUGCUGAUCUUCAAUUAAAUAUUGUGAUACAACAAAGUGGACGACCGACGAGAAGUCACUCGACGAAGAGUCCCCUUGGCCAUAAAAGCAACACAAUACUCCGAUAUAUAUUUUGAUGUUCCACAAGCGUAACCAGUGCAAAUAUGAUAUUGCCCAGUUUUAGAAAAUUAUAAAUUACCUAUUGAUUAAAAUUAAAGUACAUAUAUCGUAAAACUGCCUAUAAGAAAGAAUACGUUUAAGCUUAUAAUCACGAGAUAUAAAUAUAAACACAUUUUUAAGAACUAUGAUUGUAAAUUAUAAUUUUUUCAGAAAAAUUCAAUUUUGGAAAUGUACAAAUAGUUUUUAGCAUUAAUUAGAAAACGUAAGGGCAAGUGUUUAUUUGUAUUCGUACUGUGAAUCGCGUUGGAGGCAGAUUGAACAUUGUUUCUCUUCGAAGAAAUGGGUAACUAAUUGUAAGAUUAAAAUUAGAAUUAAUUAGACAUUAGAAUUUAAGAUUUGAGAAAGAUUUUUUGACUAAAUACGGAAGUAUAAUCUAUAGACAAAGCCCAUCUCUCUCUUGAGUUGGUAUAAUGACGUAUCUGCCUUAGACUAAAAUAUAAAUUUUUAUACUCAUCCGAGACGUUCUAAGAUCGGAAUGAUUUUAAUACAUAUAGUAUGAUAUAUUAUAUUUAGACACCUAAAAGAUCUUAAGUUAAUACUCUCUUUAUAUUUAUAUGUACUUAAAUUAUAUAUAAUUAACUGUGUGUAGAUCCCUUCCUCUAAAUACUGGAUCUGUGAUUUACAUAAAACAUGCCAAUGAAUAUACAGCAAUAAAGAUAUUAUAAAAGUUUUUAUUAUAAA